AGCAUGUGGUAAAAUGAACAGAAAAUGUGAUGUACAGCUCUGAAGGUCUAUGUAUGCACGUUUAGUGAAAGCGUUAUCAACAAUGUGAAGAACAGGGAGAUGGGAGUGCAUGCAAGGGGAAGCCCUCUGCUUGUUCAUAAUGGUCAACUUUUUGCAGAUCCUCAAAAAUGUCAACACAAACAUGAAAACAGAAAUCGUGACUCUUGUUUCAAAUAGGAGUAUAUCUACUUCAUAAUAUGCAUGUUGUGGAUUGACAGAGUACCGUCGCUCCCUUUAAGCAUAUAUUAUGCAGUCUGCAAAGGGCACCAAUUUACCGUAGGGUGGCACCACAAACUCUACCAGCUUCCCUUACUCGCACGUUAGACGUUAUUCAAGGACCCGCAAGCAGUCGCGAAACAGAAGAUUGCAUUUUCGCAACACGCUUCGCGCACCUACUUGGCCCAGGUUGGGUGUUAAAUAGUUACAAUGACAUGAAUUGAUUUUAUUUGAUCUAUUAAGAGUAUAUUAUUCAAUACCAUACAGUCCGCCCAAUAUCUGGCAGCAGAGUGUACUGAGCGCUAACGGGACAGACGGAUGAGGGAGGCACAGCUUUACGCAACAACUGGAAAAUUUCUGUAGGUCGCACAAACUCGGUUAAAGUCUUGGCUAGAGAUUAAUUUUAACGCAUAUUUCCCAUUAAUCGCUUACUGGCAGUUUUUAAAAAGGGUUCAGACGCUGUUUGGAGAAAUGCUCUGUCGAAAUGCUUUGGCGCUUCUGCUGAUUUUGCUGUUGCGCUGUGGGAGCGCAUCGGGUGAACGGGGACCGAAGGUGUCUAGGAGAGCGUCGAGGACUCGGUCCUGUCUGGAUUUACCGGAGGAGAUUUUGGAGCAGAUGUUCGGGAGGCUCUCGGUCGGGGUGCUCAGUGCGUUUCAUCACACCCUACAGCUCGCGCCCCCGGAGCGCCAGAAUAUGACCUGUCCAACAGCGGGUCGCUUUGCACGUGACAGAUCACGUACCCCCGUAAACUUCCUCAGCCUUUCACCAUGGGCGUACAGAAUCUCCCACGAUCCAGCGAGGUACCCACGAUUUCUUCCGGAGGCAUAUUGUUUGUGUAAAGGAUGCCUAACGGGUCCGAACGGGGAGGAAAGUGACCGAUUCCGAAGCACUCCUGUUUAUAUCCCCACCGUCACACUGCGCCGUACCGGUUCGUGUAUCGGGGGCCGUCAUUCCUACACCGAGAGCUACAUUUCCGUGGCCGUGGGUUGUACUUGUGUGCCAAACGUGAAAAAAGCAGUUUCCACCACCAUUAGAAAAAAUAAACAGAAAAGCUGAUGAACUUGUAUAUUAAAAUCAAACAAACAAAAAACAAGCUAUUGCAAGAAAAAUAAAGUGAUUAUGGCAAAACUAAUUGAGAACUUGUCCUCAAAGAUUCCUGAUUGUAGUCUACAGUGCCAGGCUAAAGGAAAACCUUUGGUG